GGCGGGGCAUAGGGGAGCGCUGGGCCGGGCUCUGCCCCGGGACCUGGGGGCGGCCGGUUUGCAGGGACUACAAGCCCCGGCGUGCUGCGGGCUCGCGGGGCGUUUCCCUCGGCUGGGCGGGUGAAGGAGCCGUAGCGGGAGCCGCUGCAAGGCGGGGACUGGGGGAGCCGGGGAUCGAUCCAGCUCGCAGCGGUGCAGACAGACGGACAGAGGGAUGUCCUGCAGGACUGUGCUGCUGACUGGCUGCUCCUCCGGGAUAGGGCUGGCUCUGGCCAUCCGGCUGGCUAAAGAUGAGCUGAAGAGAUUCCGAGUCAUCGCCACCAUGAGGAACCUGGACAAGCGCGAGGCCUUGGAGAAGCAGGCGGGGCCAGCGUUGGACAAGACCCUGGAAAUCCGCCAGAUGGAUGUGACCAGCGAGGAAUCCAUCCGGCGCUGCGUGGAGGGCAUUCCCCAGCGGAGAGUGGACGUGUUGGUGAACAACGCGGGGCUGGGCAUGAUCGGGCCGGUGGAGAGCCAGAGUGUCGCUGCCAUGAAGAGCCUCUUUGACACCAACUUCUUCGGGCUGGUGCGAAUGGUGCGUGAAGUCUUCCCCGACAUGAAGCGCCGGCGCCGGGGCCACAUCGUGGUGAUGAGCAGCGUGCUGGGGCUGCAAGGCCUCCUCUUCAACGACAUCUACUGCGCCUCCAAGUUCGCUGUGGAGGGUUUCUGUGAGAGCUUGGCCCUGCAGGCACUGAAGUUCGGUGUGAACAUCAGCCUGAUUGAACCCGGGCCAGUGGUGACCGAGUUCGAAAGGAAACUCUACGAAGAAGCUGCCUGCAUGGACCUGUCCGCUGUUGACCAGGAGACACUGGACAUAUUCCAAGGCUUCUACAUGGCCUAUUCCAAGGAAGUCUUCACGGUGCUGGGGCAGUCGCCAGACGAGGUGGCUGAGCACACGGCCAAGGUGAUCAUGGCAGAGAAGCCGCCUUUUCGCUACCAGACCAACAGCCUCUACACGCCCAUGACCACCCUGAAACACGCCGACCCCACUGGGAACCUGCCUCUGAACACCUUCCACCAGAUGAUCUUCCAGCAUGACCGGCUCUUCAAAGCCAGCCUCAGCCUCCUCAAGAUGCUGCAGUGGAGGAAGAGGAGGGACGUGUCCUAUAACAAGUCUCCUUGAGACGAAGGCACCAAUCCCCUUCCUCCUCCUCCUCCUCCCUGGACAACACAGACAGCUCAGGCUAUAGAUUUCCCCCCCCCCCCCGCUCCCAUGCUCUGUAGCUUCCAGUGUAGACAGCCACUGUAAAAGCAUAAAAACCUUGGAUCGAGGGGGAGAUGUCAGCACAGUCGGUGAUGGGGGGCCGGGGGGAGGGGCAGUGUGUUUAGGGGCAUGAAUCCAUGAGGGGGCUAGCAACACCCCCCUCUUUGCUCUCUUUUUAGCCAGCUGAUUCUUUUGCCUUUUUUUUUUAAGUAAACUUGCGGUGUUAAAAGGAUUUAAAAAAAAAAAAAAACUUUCAAAAAGUAGAGGAAUGAGACCCUGCUGGGACUAGACCCAGGAGUCCUGACUCCCACUCCCUUCCCGGAGCUGGGGCUAGAACCCAGGAGUCCGGGCCCGGCCCCUCCCGGAACUGGGGCUAGAACCCAGGAGUCUGGGACCGGCCCCUCCCGGAGCUGGGACUAGACCCAGGAGUCCUGACUCCCACUCCCUUCCCGGAGCUGGGGAUAGAACCCAGGAGUCUGGGCCCGGCCCCUCCCGGAACUGGGGCUAGAACCCAGGAGUCUGGGACCGGUCCCUCCCGGAGCUGGGACUAGACCCAGGAGUCCUGACUCCCACUCCCUUCCCGGAGCUGGGAUAGAACCCAGGAGUCCUGACUCCCACUCCCUUCCCGGAGCUGGGGAUAGAGCCCAGGAGUCCGGGCCUGGCCCCUCCCGGAGCUGGGGAUAGAACCCAGGAGUCCGGAUGCCUGUCCCAAUGCUCUAACCACUAAGCACCACUCCCCUUCCACAGCUGGGACUAGAUCCCUGGAUGUAUUAAGUUGUCUUCCCCCCCCCCCCCCCACGCUGGCUUGUGCGGGUGGACCCAGCUGUGCUUCCACCACUGGGUGUGAUAGACAUCCUCCACGAGGAGGUAGCCCCGCAGGUGUGUGCCAGGGCUUGUGGCCCUGGGGCAUCAGGCUGCGUCCCCGACACUAUAGGAAGAUGGCCGGGGUGGCUUGUCCAGGGAGGGGAUGGCUACCGCAUUUGCUGGAGUUUGGGGCAGCGUGUUUGCCGGCCGGCUGGGAGGGUACUAAUGCAACCAGACUUGGCAGACUCUCAACUAGGGUUCGAUGCAGCUCCUGGCCCUGGGUUCAAGUGGGUUGAGUGGCCCGGCUGGGGGCAGCAAAGCAGUUUAGCUGGCAUCUCUUAGGCACGCCCUGGGGGCCGCAACAGCUCCCAAGAGGGGGGUGAGCAUUUAGUCUGCAGCCUUUUCCUCACGGCCCUGCACCCUCCAAAGGCCAGUUUCCUGAUCUCCCCCUCUCCUCAAUCUCCCCCUUGGGGGGCCACUGGCCCCCUGCCCAGCACCUGCGGUAGCGCUGGGAGCACGUGCCUGUGUUGUAGUGCGUGCAAUGACUCACUCCCCCAGCAGCUGUUCAGGGCCAGGGCAGCCCAUCCGAUCAACCUGCAGGGGUGCAGGAGUCCCUCAAUAAACAGAGGUGCUGGA